AUGGAAGAAUCUCUCAUGGCUCUCAAGCAAGACACUGUUAGUAUUAGAGCCGCUGCUAAGACUCACAUCGUCUCCUAUUCCGCCGAUCUCACCUCACCUGUCUUCCAAAAUUCAACCGAGCGCGCUGCCAAAUUGGCCACCUACUACCUCCCAACCAUUUCGUUCUUUGCCGACGGGAGCAUUAAUCAACUAUCCGAUCCAUCGCUUUAUGUACCACUGAUCUCAGGGCCUCUGGAUAGACUGGGAGGCCUUCCUGAAGUGAGAGGACACAGAGUUGAGGCUGUUGGCGAGAACAGUGCAAUUAUUUGGCUUUCAUUGAGGGUGGAUGGGUUGGAGAUAGUUAAUGUCUAUUUCUUCAGAAGGAUGGAAAAUGGAGCUGAAGGGUUCGAGGGUGGUAUUUUUGAUGGGGAGAUGUGGCUUUCGAAGCAGCUGGCGAAGGAGUAG